CCGGGCCGCCCAGCCGGAGGGUUUAAAGGGCGCCUCGGACAGGGCUGCGCAGCUGGAGCGACCGAGCGGUGCCAGGCCAGGUGUGCGCGUCCGUCGGUCCUUCCGUGCCCGCGCCGGAGACCAGCCCCGGAGGCCGCCGGGCCCGUCCCUGUGCCCGGCACCAUGAAGCAGGAGUCCGCAGCCCAGAACACCCCGCCCGCCUCGCCGCCGCCCUCACCGCCCGCGCAGCACCCCCGGGACCACGGAGACCCCCAAGCCCUGUGGAUUUUCGGAUAUGGCUCCCUGGUUUGGAGGCCCGACUUCGCCUACAGCGACAGCCGUGUGGGCUUCGUGCGUGGCUACAGCCGCCGCUUCUGGCAGGGAGACACUUUCCAUCGGGGCAGCGACAAGAUGCCUGGCCGUGUGGUGACCCUCCUUGAAGAUCAUGAGGGCUGCACUUGGGGUGUGGCAUACCAGGUGCGAGGUGAGCAGGUGAGCGAGGCCCUGAAGUACCUCAACGUGCGUGAGGCAGUGCUUGGCGGCUAUGAUACCAAGGAGGUCACCUUCUACCCCCAAGAUACCCCUGAUCAACCCCUCAAGGCGUUGGCCUACGUGGCCACCCCGCAGAACCCUGGUUACCUGGGCCCUGCGCCUGAGGAGGCCAUUGCUACACAGAUCCUGGCCUGCCGUGGCUUCUCUGGCCACAACCUCGAGUACUUGCUGCGCCUGGCGGACUUCAUGCAGCUCUGUGGGCCCCAGGCACAGGACGAGCACCUGGCAGCCAUCGUGGAUGCUGUGGGUACCAUGCUACCCUGCUUCUGCCCCACAGAGCAAGCUUUGGCACUGGUCUGAGGGGCUGAGCCCCUGCAGGGAGUGCCUACGUGGAUGUGGGGGCCAGGUCCCCACUCUGGUGCACACAGACAGACUUGGUACAGCUGGAGCCGGCUGAGAGGACUCGGGGGCGGUCAGGGGCUUCUCUCUGUAGGCCUCUGCCUGCCCGCCAGUCUCCAGCUCUCCUGCGUGACACUGACUUACACUUGAAACUAUUUAUUACACCAUGUUGGUGUGGUGGGCGAGGUGGAGAGCCUGGCCUGGACAUAGGGGCCCUGCUGAGCGGUGCCCCACUGCAGGUGCUUGGUGCCUGGCCAGAUUACCCCCAGUGCUGCUGCUAACCCCACACCACCCCGGCCUCCACCUCCCCAGGGAGCCUCCAAGAGCCUUGACCCUCUGCCCCUUACCUACAGACCCACCAUUCCCCAACCCUGGAAAUACCACCUUCAAAACGUCCCAGCCUGCUGGUAAGGGACAGGAGGGAGUGAGGAGAGGGGGCCCUACAAGAACUGAGGCCCCUGCUAGCCCUGCUCAUCCAGGUCCCCAGGACAGAGCUGGAUCUGGAGCCCAGACACAGGCUGCUGAGGCUGGGCCUGGGCCUCUUACCCGUUUGACUUUGUUUCCUUGUCUCUGUCUGUCUGUUUGCUUGUCUGUCUGUUGGUCUAGUCCUGGGAAGCUCAUCACUAUAGGCACUGUCACCUUCCCAGUCUGUCCCAAACUGUUAUCCAUAAACUGAUCUCUUAUUAUC